AUGAGUACCCAUGGCGGUUCGGGUAAGACAUUGGUGGUCGGCGUAGAUGUCGGAGGGACCAACACCGACAGCGUUCUCCUAGAUAUUUCCAAAUCUAGUGGCGAUGCAGUACUAGCAUCUCACAAAACUCCAACGAGCGCCAAUGUGACGCUGUCCGUACAAGCUUCGCUGGAGACAUUAUUGAGUAAAUCGACUGUAAAAGCUUCGGACAUUACCGCCCUAGCUAUUGGUACCACGCAUUUUCUCAAUGCCAUCAUCGAAAAGGAUACAUCUCGUGUUGAGAAAGUCGCGGUACUCCGUCUAGCAUCCCAUGGCUUCUCUGCUGGCGCGCCACCAUUUGCGGAUUGGCCGCGGGGUCUUGAGAAAAUAAUACAUGGUCACUCAGCUAUCAUCCCAGGGGGAUGUAAUAUCGAUGGAACACUCAUCGGUCCAAUUGACGAGGCUUCAGUUAAAGAACAAGCCGCAAUUAUUAAAUCCAAAGGGAUAAAAAACAUAGUUGUCGUUGGUAUUGGAUCCGUAACCGAUGAGAAGUAUCACCAGGAAGACACAGUGCACAAGUGGCUUCGUACGGAGCUAGGUGACGAUGUCAAUAUCGUCCUCUCCCACAACAUCGCAAGACCCGGCCUCCUUGCUCGCGAAAAUGCUUCGAUAUUGAAUGCGUCAAUUAUGAACUUUGCUCGACGGACUAUUCGAGCUUUUAUUGGCGCAAUUCGACGCAUCGAUCUACAAUGCCCACUGUAUCUCACAUCCAACGUCGGCCAUCUUUUACCAGCUUCAGAGGCCAUGCGAACGCCUAUCCGAGUAUUCUCGUCUGGAGCAACUAAUUCCAUUCGCGGAGCUGCGUUCUUAGCUAAGUCAUCAAUAUCGCAAGCCGGAUCCAUUGUCGUGGAUAUCGGUGGGACUACAACCGAUGUUGGGUAUCUACUAAAGAACGGCUAUCCGCGGCUAGCAAAGAGUUAUACUAAUUUGGCGGGCGUCAAGGUAAACUUGGAAAUGCCGUCGGUGGAAAGCAUUGGUCUCGGCGGUGGUUCCGUUUUACAUGUCGCCGACGAUGGAAAUGUAAUAGUCGGACCGGACAGUGUCGGACACGAUCUUACUACGAAGGCACUGUGUUUUGGUGGUGAUAUCGCGACCGCAACAGAUGUCGCAGUUACAUCGGGCGUCGCUGGUGUGGGUACUUCUCAGAUUUCUCUAACCGAGGAAACUGCGGCAAAGGCCAAUGCGCGGAUGAAGAAAAUGCUUGAAGACUGUAUUGACCGCGUUAAGCUUAGUCCGGAACCAUGCACAGUCAUUCUGGUCGGAGGUGGUUCGAUUCUCUGCCCGAAGGAACUCGCCGGUGUGGAUAAGGUAGUGGUGCCCGAACAUGCCGGAGUCGCCAACGCUAUUGGUGCCGCGAUUGCGAAAGUAUUUGGUGCAGCGGAGAUAAUCGUCAGGGGCGAUGGUAUUCAAGAAGGCAUUGCACAAGUUAAAGCCCGAGCUAUUCAAAACGCUGUUGCGCACGGCGGUCACGCGGAUACUGCUAUUAUCCUAUACGAAGAGGCUUCUGGAAUACCAUAUACUACAGACCAGACAUUGGUAAAAGUUGAGGUUGCAUGUGAGGCGGACCAUAAGAGGGUGCAUGAAGAGAUCGUUAGCACAUCAGUCUCCGACGCACUGAUUGAUCAAGUAUUAUACGAAGAAACUAAAAAGCACGAAAUCCCGGUUAGUAGAGAGGACGAGGAGGCGAAGGUCAAACUAAGCGAUUACAAACCGGUCGUUACUCCGGCAGGCGAGUGGAUACUCUCCGAAACAGAUAUACGCUUUCUGGGGAUUGGAUGUUAUAUCCUAGGAUGCGGUGGGGGAGGGUCACCCUACGCUCCGUAUCUUCACAUGCGCCAGCUUCUGCUAGAAGGCGAUACAAUACGAAUCACUCGCAUUGAGGACCUAAAAGAUGAGGAUAUAAUGCCCCCAGUUGCUAGCGUUGGCACUCCAGCUGUGAGCAUUGAGCGACCUGGAGGAAAUGGUGUAUUAUACGCUAUGCAGGCGAUGGAGAAAGAGAUUGGCGUCAAAUUUGAUCAUCUAGUUGCGACCGAGAUUGGUGGUGCCAAUGGUGUCGGAACACUGAUUUGGGGGAGCACGAGAUUUUAUAAUAUGCCUAUAGUUGAUGGAGAUUUGAUGGGCCGUGCAUACCCAAAUUUCGAAAUGAAGUCGCAAUAUCUUCAUGUAUCUUCUGUAGACGAAUUACUCCCGGUAAUUCUAUGCAGCGGCAGUGGUGAAACCGCCAUCAUACCCGCACCUCAACCCGACGUAGCUACCGCAAGCUUAAAAAUCCGUACUGCGUGUGUGGGGAUGGGUUCUGCUGCUGGAGCCGCCGGUCGUCCUUUCGAUGGGAAAAGUAUGCGUCAAUUUGGUAUCCCUAACACUUAUUCAUUAGCUUGGAGACUCGGUCGGGCAGUUGCUGUCGCACAGCAGACGGGCAAUAUUGUCGAUGUACCCAAAGCCCUAAUCGCCGUUGCUGGUGGUGAAAAGAGCGCGCAGGUAUUGUUUCAGGGGAAAAUCCGCAGCGUUAAAAGCACAUUAACUACGACAGCCCAUAGCUUGGGCGAGGUAACCAUCGAGAGGCUUAGCGAUAGUGAAAUGGAGACGGAAGUCGACAAGGUUGGAGAAGGGUGGGUGGAAAUUGUCGUACCUUUUAUGAACGAGAACUUGGUUGCUAUUGGGAAGAGGGAAGAUGGUUCUGAACAGGUUCUCGCUACUAUCCCCGACUUGAUCUUCUUACUCGACACUUCCACCGGCGAGGCCGUUGGUGUUCAAGAGUAUAGAUACGGUCUUAAGGUAACAGUUAUGAUCAUGGCCCCUCACCCAAUUUGGGCCACUGAGCGUGCGCUAGAAGUCGCCGGACCUAGCGCAUUCCAUCUACCUUACAGUUACAAGACCAAUCUAGAAUACACAAGGCCUGUUAGCGUUAUUGAUGAAUUUAGGCCUCAAGUAUAA